AUGGGGCCUCCUAUUUAUGAUGGAAAAAUUCAUCCUAAUGAAUAUGUUAAAAAAAUGCGUGUAUACUGUAAUCUAAGACAGAUUACAAAUGAGCAAGAAAUUCUUAAGUUUGCAAUAACGAUGAUUGAUUCUACAAUUAAUAUACCGGAAAACAUAAAUUCUUUCGAUACACUUAUUAAUACACUAAAAAAUCAUAUUUCUUUUACGGUUUUUAAAAACUCUUGUAAAAGAAAAUUACAAGCAUUAAAAUAUAUAUCUGAAUAUGAGGAAGACAAUAAUAACGAUAAUGCCUUAAAUUUUAUUACCGAUUUUCGUACACUUUGUCGUGAUGCGGAAAUUACAAAUAUCGAAGAACAAAAGAAAUAUCUUAUUAAUGCACUUCCUUACAAUUUCUUUAAAAAUGAAUUUGUUAAGCAUAAGAAUGCUAAUUCUACGGAUGAAUUAACUAAAACAUUUGAAGAAAUUGUUUCAGAUUAUUCAAGAAUAAUCAAAAAUGGAUCCAUCAUAGCUUUAAGGCAUAUUGGUACAGGAAAAUAUUUAUCCAGUUGUGAUAAGAGGUAUCCACAACAAUAUCAAAACCAUAACCAACAAUUCUCGCAAAAUAUACCAUUUACUAAUGUACAAAAUCCAAUCCAAAUCCAAAUCCCAAGUUUUGAUUAUAUGGUUUACUGUGGUGAUUUCGGGCCAAACGCUUUAUGGUCCAUUAAUAGUAGUAAUAAUUUAGCUACUGCUCCAAUUUCUUAUGGUCUCGAUCCUAAUUCUAUCAAUUACGAAAGUUCAAUUCAAUUACAACAUAAGAUUCUUCUUGGUAAAUCUUUUUAUACAAACAUAUUUAGACAAUCACCUACAAGUAAACACUUUGAAGCAUGUUGUGGCGAUAAUUUUCAAUUUCCUUGGAGUAUUAAACAUUAUCAUAAUCAUGAUAAUAAAGGAAAUGUGAAAUCUGGAGAUAUCAUUUUACUUCAAUGGAAUAAUAAUAAUGUUAAUAAUAUUAUGAAUAAUAAUAAUAUUAAUAAUAUAAAUUUUUAUAAUUAUCUUCAUAAUCUACAUAAUAAUAAUGUCCAGUAUGAACAUGCCAAAGAUAUUUUUUUAAGAAGUCAUGAUUUAAAAUUUACCGUUGAUAAUGAAAAUUAUCAGGAAGUUGUUACUCAUGACCAAAGAAUUGGAGGAAAUGAUCAGUGGUGUAUUGAACUUAUUGAAUAA